AUGAACAAAGAGAUCCAGAUCCAUUAUAAGCUGUACCUUGCCGCUUUGCUUAAUCGCCGAAACGGAAACUACAAGCUUAUCGCUUACCCGGAACCCUUUCAGCUCUUUAAAUGCAACAAUAGUGCUCGAAUGAUUGCGACCAAACACGACGCUAAUACUAAACGACCCGUGAACCGUAGUUCACGACAUAAGAAGAAGUUGUUUUCGGCAUUUAAAAAAGGAUUUGCUAUUGUGUUAGAUGCGGAAGCCAAGACUUACGGAGCCAAGUCCUUUUCCAAAGGCAAGAGCCGCCGAGCUAACGACCUUAUAAACGCCGACAAGUUAAAGGAUUUUAAAAAGAGCUUGCGACCGAUUGAGUUGUUCUCUAACGACUCCGAUUCAAGUGUAGAGAUCAAUCUAGAAAGUGCGAAAUCCACUCGUGAACUACGGUUCACGAGCCAAAUCGACGAUCCUGAGGCAUCAUCUUCUCAGCCGGAAUCUUCAGACCGCGCAUUCGAUAAGGCUAUAGAAGCCCUAAGUGACUUGCCCGAAGACGAAGACGAGCUCAGUGGCUCUAGACCCUACUCUGGCCUCGCUGACCCUCCGUCGGCCAAGUUCACACCUAUCAACGAGGCUACCAACAAGCGCAAGAACGACACGCGCUCCUUCACCCUUAAGGAUGCUGCUACUAGCACGUCAUCGUCCAAUGCUGGCCCUGCUAAGAGAAGAAGACCCUCCCAGCCUAAGGAAAACGAAAGAGUUAAGGACGUAAGCACGGAAAGAGACCAUGAGGAAGCUGCCGAGGCGUAG